AUGGGGUGCGAACUGCCGUGGCGCCCAGAAUCGUGCAUGAUCCUGGAAUCUUCGAUCCUGCGUGCCAGCAAACCUCACUUGCACUUCGGAGAAAGGUUCGGCUCUGAUAAACUCGUAUGGUUCUUGCUGGGUUGCGUCCUGAAUGUCGCACACCGACAAAGUUUGAAGCCCGCCGAGUGCACUUGUCCGGGAAUUAAAAAUGAGCAUGACCGAAACAUCUAGGUUGUCGAUGCAGGAACGCCGUGCCCCAGUCAUAGUGCUUAGGGCUACUUGCUUGCGAUGUGCAAAAUGGACAGAGUUCACUUCGACAGACGAUCCACAAACAGCCAGCAUGUAUCAAAUAGGGUUCAACCUGUUCUAUUGCCUCAAGUGUGCGGUUGCGACAGGGCACCCUAUUGUCAAAUGGACGGAAAGUGGGACUCGCCAGUCUGGCCUCCUGCCCGCGUCCAGUGGCACGUGA